GCUAAAGGAGUCAUCCAAGAACUAGCAACACCCGAAAAGAACCCUGACUACAAUGCAAAAUUGGAACAACUCAUUGAGCUGAUUGUAGCUUCCCAAAAAGACAAUGCAAUAUACCAUCAGGAAAAUAAAGACAGGAUGGCCAGACUGGAGACUGAACUAACUGACAUCAAAAGAGAACUUGGUCAUUUCAAAAAAAUUGACGAGACAUUAAAGUUAAUGAAAGAAGGUUUGAAAGAACACGACACAAGAAUAAUUGACAUAGAAGACAAUAUGGAGAAUCUGAGAGACUACUCUAAUAAACAAGAAGACGCGAUAGCUACAAUGGAGUAUAAUAGAAACGAGACAAUAUUGAGAAUUAGAGGAGUCACAGAGGUGGAAGGAGAAGUAUUAAUGGAAAGAUUGAUGCCAACGUUACAGGAGAUUUGGGACAUGGAAGAAAAAGAGGUAAAGAGAGAAAUAGACCGUUUGUACAGGGUGAACUCAAGGGUGGCCAGAGAUAAAAAACUGCCAAGGGACAUCAUCUUAAGUUGCGUCCGGAAAUGUUUAAGAGAUGAAGUACUGCGCUUCCAUUCAAGACAACCGUUGCAGAUAGAUGGGAAGAGACUGAUUAUUUUAAAAGAAGUACCUCUAUCAAUUCAACGAAGAAGAAAGGAUUAUAAACUACUGACGGACAUGUUAAGAUCUAACAACAUUACAUUUAGGUGGAUAAUCCCAGAAGGAAUAUCCUUCAUGUUAGAAGGAAAAAGACAUAAUAUUCUAACCGUUGCAAGAGCCCAAGAAAUUGCACAAAAGUUGAGAAGAAGCCUACAAGAGGAGGACAACAGCCCGAAUUAUAGUAGCAAGGCAGUGGAGGACAGAUACGAUACCAACAUUGGAGGAGUGGCGAAUAAAAGUACAGAACUUGUACAUAAUGGACAGAGUAUCCUUUCAGAUCAGGGGAAGAGCGGCAGAUGAAUAUAAACAAGUAUGGCUACCAUGGACGAAUUAUCAGUCUAAGAGAAACAAUGU